AUGGAGCGCCGCCGUGACGAUGAUCCAGCACCAGCAGAAACCCAGCCUAGGAAGAGAUCUCGUGCUCGGAGAGAGCUAGAUGAAUCAUCAUCGGAUGACGAUGACCUUCUGCUGUCCUCGGUUGCUCAAAUUGUGAGUAAUCUUUGCAACGACGACGAAAGAAAGCCUGGUGGCUCCGUCCCAGGUCAUCGAGUUAUUUAUCGCGAUAGAGAAGGCGGCCAUGACCGGAUGUUCCGGAUGUCGAAGAAUCUUUUUCUACGAAUAAUGAACGAAGUUGAAGCGCACGAUGACUACUUCGUCCAGAAAAGAAAUGCAGCCCAUAUACUCGGUCUGAGUUGCUUUCAAAAGGUCACUGCCGCAAUGCGAAUGCUGACAUAUGGAGUUCCAGCUGAUGCUACAGAUGAGUACAUUCGCAUUGGCGAAAGUACUGCAUUGGAGAGCCUUCGCAAGUUUGUUGCUGCAGUGGUUGACAUUUUUGAAGAUGAAUAUCUGAGGUACCCCAAAGAGAAAGACACGGCACGCCUACUAGCAUUGGGUGAGAAGAAAGGUUUUCCUGGAAUGUUAGGAUGCAUCGACUGUAUGCAUUGGGCAUGGAAGAACUGUCCAUACAGUAUACAAGGUCAGUACAAGGGGCAUGUGGACAAACCCACUAUCAUCCUAGAGGCAGUUGCUUCAGACGAUCUUUGGAUCUGGCAUGCCUUCUUCGGGAUGCCUGGCUCGCACAAUGACAUCAAUGUCCUUCACCGGUCCCCUUUGUUUGCAAACUUGGCGGAAGGCACAGCUCCACAGGUUAAUUAUACAGUUAAUGGGCAUGAAUAUACGAUGGGGUAUUAUCUUGCAGAUGGAAUAUACCCAUCGUGGGCUACAUUAGUGAAAACCAUCAAUCGUCCAGCGGGGAACAAGGAGAAAUAUUUUGCGAAGGCACAAGAAGCAGCAAGGAAGGCAGUGGAGAGAGCUUUUGGUGUUCUUCAAGCAAGACGAAGGGCAUGUGGAUCCUGA